AUGGUACACAUAGCCCGUACUAUUACCAUAGCUGUUGACUUUGGUACUUCUCGCUCUGGUUUCGCCUACAUUAACCAUGGUGAAGAUGUGAAAUCUGACAUUAAAACCUACAAGAAUUGGGACGGAGCAGCUGUUCCAUACGAUAAGAAUCUAACCCAGAUAUUAUAUAAUCCAGAUGGUGAACCAAUUAGCUUUGGUUACAAUGCCCCAAAGGAGUACAGCGAACUGAUCUACCACCCUUCAUGUGACAUUUCUCAAUAUACCUUGUUCAAGUAUUUCAAGAUGCAAUUACAAAAGAAAACUAAUCCAGAUGGUAUUUUAAGAAAUGAAGUAACUGGUAGGGAAUUUGAUCUUGUCGAAGUUAUUGCUGAUUACUUGGUUUAUAUUCGAAAGAUUAUUGAAAAAAUUACAGGUAUCGAUUUGACUAUUCACAAGGAGAAUGUUCCUGAUUUGAAAAAGAAGCUAAAAGAACACGAAACAGGAAUACAGGAACUAAAGGAACAACACAAAACACAAUUAGAGGAGCAAAUGGAUCAAUAUGAAACACAAUUAGAGGAGCAAUUAAAUCAAUACCAAGAACAAUUAGAAGAGGAAAGAGCUUACAAAACAAAAUUAGAGGAGCAAAUUGAAAGUAUGGGCAAAAAUAUUCAAUCAUUGUCGUCUAAACUAGCUAAUUAUGAAUUUGAUAGUUUGGUAAAGCCAAACAAAAGAUGUUCCUGUGAUUGUUCAAUAUGUAAGGGAUGUCAAAAACCUGUUUUUUAA